CUUUGCAGUCUUCGUAUGAGCGUCAAAGUUGGAUCGUUUCUUUGCCGAAUUUCAAAACAGAAGUGAGUUUUGCUAUUAGGACGCGCUCCUGUGUUCGAAAAGAAGUUAAAAGGAGGAGGCUGAGGAGGCAGUAUGGAUGGGAAAGCUGAAAAAGGAGGCCUGUGUCUUUGUUUACCACGAUCAUGAAGGCUCAUUCUGGAAGGUCAUGGCAUCCCCUCUCCUGGUUUUAGCAGAGUUCAAGCAUGGAUUUUUAGGAGCUGAUCCACCACGAACAGACACUGGAUAAGGAGCAUCAUCCACAGAAGUUGGUGUAUGAUUGGGGUGGAGGAUGAGGUCCUCUCUGGUGGUGUCUGGUGGAGAGAAGGGUCUGCGGGCGCGAUUUGGACGAAUGAGGCAUCUGCUCUGCCAGAUUGGGCAUCAUGUGGAUGUGCAGAUGGACGAGGAGCCUGGCAUUUGGCUCAGGAGCUUCCAUCUGCUGGACCUUGAGGAAUGCAUUGAGGACCCGGUGCAGGAGUGGGGAGAGGAGGUGGAAGACGGGGCCAUUUAUGGCAUCACUCUUCACCGAGAACCCAUCCAACCCCCACCUGAUGCGGCUGAGAACUCUUCUGCCUUCAGCUUCAUGCAGUACCGCACACAGAAGGUCCGCAGGCUUAAAGCAGCCAUUCUGGAGCGUCUUGUCACAGAAUUGGUGAACCCGGAGUGCCCUGACCCAGAAUACAUGCAAAUCUUCCUCUCCACCUACAGAGCCUUUACCUGCACAAAUGCUGUCAUAGAACUCCUGUUUCAAAGAGAGGACACGGUCACCAAUCUGGACAACAGUGUCUGCGUUAGAAGUUCUCUGCCUCGUCUGAUCCGGCUAUGGUUAGACGAGUAUCAAGAGGACCUUCGGGAUUCUCCAGGUCACCAGGCUCUUCAUCUGCUCUGUAUUCAUCUGCGUCAUCGCCUCUGUUUCAGACGUCUGGUUCAUCAAGCCGAUGCACUUCUACAAAAAUUUCAGACGGAAGACAGGCACACAGAUACAUCAGCAGAAACCAGUUCAACUGCUGUAGAGAAUCAGGCAACUGAAGACGCCACGGACAGACAGGACAUAGAAGAGACAGGGGAUGUACUGGUCUUCCCUGCACGAGACAUUGCUGAGCAGCUCACACUAUUAGAUGCUGAGCUUUUUGUCAAAGUGGUUCCAUUUCACUGCCUUGGCUGCAUUUGGUCUCAGAGGGACAAGAAAGAGAAUAGAAAUCUAGCGCCUAUGGUCCGUGCCACCAUUGCCCAGUUCAAUGCCGUCACUAACUGCGUUAUCACCUCUCUGCUGCGCCCUCCUUCCACAUCCCCUCCCGGUUCCCCAUCCUGCACUCGCAGCGGCCCUACACACAGGGCAAAGAUGAUUGAGAAGUGGAUCUCUGUGGCUCAGGAGUGCCAUCAGUUGAGAAACUUCUCCUCUCUAAGAGCCAUCUUAUCUGCUCUUCAGUCUAAUGCUGUUUACCGGUUAAAGAAAACUUGGGUGGCAAUCAGCAGGGAGAGUAUGGCUGCCUUCGAUCACCUCUGCGACACAUUUCCUGAUGAGAACUGUGUGCUGGUCAAUCGAGAUAUUCUUGUAGAGGAAGGAAACCAGGCAGCUGAUGUAGACACUCACACCGCUCCAAAGUCUCCCAGACUCAGUCCUACAUCUAAGCACAUGACCCCCUCCAGCGGUGAGGUGCCGUACCUGGGCACUUAUCUGACUGUUCUCACCAUGUUGGACACAGCACUAAGUGAUGAUGUAGAGGGGGGUCUCAUCAACUUUGAGAAGCGUAGAAAAGAGUUUGAGAUUCUGUCUCAGAUCAAGCAGCUGCAGGCGUCAUGCGCUCACUACAAACUCCAAUCACAUCCUCGCAUCAUUUCCUGGAUCAACAGCGGCAUACCUCUUUCUGAUCAGAAGAGCUAUGAGUUGUCAAGAGAACUGGAGCCACCAGUUGACCCCUGUCCCAGCUCUCCCAACCCCUGGAGCCACCGGCUCAUCACCAAGAAACUGACCUCGUUGCUGUCUGGCAGUGAGAACUUCUCAAAGAAGACUUUUGCUGAUCAGAUCAGUGUAUCAUCCUCUGGCUCCAGUGGCUCAGAGAUGGAAGAUCUCAGCAGCCCCAACCUCUCACCACUUAGAUACAAAGUACAGAUGUAG